ACCAUGGAAAAUGGGACCACAUGUGCUCUUGCUGUUAACCAAUGAAAUGAAGCCGCGGGGAUGAGUUGUACCCCUUCUGUCUCCCCAUGCCCAUCAGCAUCCGCUACCCUUGCUGCAUGGCACACACGGGAAUAAUGACCCUGUUCGAUUCAAGGGUGAGCCCAUUGCUGGUCCUGAUUGUCGGGUUUCAUUUUGGAGUGCUUGGCUUGUAUCUCACGUUCAGAUCAUCGUCGCAGAAUGUCAAUGCCCUGAUAAUAGAACGAUUGGUCGGGAUUGUCUUCAUGUUGUCCUCACUUGUAGCAGCAGACAUAUACAGAUCUGAGCCUCUGCGCUCCCACACAUGGAGUACAAUGCUCCAACAAUACGUCAGCUUCAAGAAGCUCCUCAUCCAACAUUACCGUCUCAAGACAAAGAUUCUAGCUCCUAUGCAGGACGUGAAGACCACCCAGGCUGACCUCCUGCGAGACAUCCUCAAACAAAGAGUAGAGGUGGCGUAUGGUAAAGAUUUCAAAUUCAGUGCCAUAAAGACAGUAGAAGAAUUCCUCGCUACGCACCCAAUAACCACCUACGCACACUAUGAGUCUUACGUGUCUCGUGUUAUUGAUGGGGAGUGUGAUGUAAUGUUUCCGGGAUCACCCAAAUACAUCGUCCUUUCGUCUGGAACAACCUCAGGAAAGAUUAAGAGACAUCCAAAGGACCUGAAGUUCUUUGGUAAGGUCAGUUGGAUGUAUUUCGCCUAUCUCCGCACCACAUUGUUCCGGUUUCGACACAUGUCAAAGUUACAGCUGUGGCAUGACAUCCGUGUUAAACCGCCCAUCACCAAGUCAGAUCUAGGGGUUCCCAUGGGAGCCGGAAGUGGGUCGGCAUAUUUUAUAUGUCCAUUAUCUGCGUCUCCACCGGAAGUGUACACCAUGGGAAACGAGGAGAAGGUCAUGUACCUUCAUUCCUUAUUUGGGCUCAAGGAAAAGAAUGUGACUCUCUUCAGUUCAAUCUCAACCCCGCUUGCUCUAAUCUUCUUUAAAACAAUUCAGAAGUACUGGAAACAAUUAUGUGAUGAUAUAGAAUCUGGAACAAUAAACGAAGCCGUUCAGCUCGACCCUGGCGUGAAACAGAAAUUGCAGAAGUCCUUGACCUCAAAUCCGGAAAGAGCCGAUGAGCUUCGGAACAUAUUCCGUAAAGGAACUUCUCACUUCGGUCCACGUGUGUGGCCGAACUUUGCAGCCCUCCACGCUCCAGGAACUGGCUGUUACUCGUUUGCAACUGAGCUUCUGAAGAAGAACUUCCUAGGUGGGGUGCCGGCAUCCUCCGGCGUCCAUAUCUCGUCUGAGAGUCUGUACGGUCUGAACCUGCACGUGGAGGAUCAGACAAAGACUGAAUACACAAUCCUGCCGUGUCUGAACUUCUAUGAGUUCAUACCCAAAGACUACAUAGACAGGGAGGAUCCCACGACCGUUCUGGCUCACGAGGUGGAGGUUGGUGGGGAGUACGAGAUGGUGGUGACGACAUGGAUGGGGCUGUACAGAUACAGGACCGGGGACGUCGUGCGAGUCAGCAGCUUCACUGGGACGACUCCCAACUACAUCUUCUCCCAGAGAUCGUCUGACUAUCUGGGCAAGUACCCAGAGUCCCUGUUCACGGAGGCCGUCCACGAUGCUGCCAGAACGUGGACGUCAGGAACAUUAUACAGCUACAUGGCGUGUGAGAGUCAUAACGUAGACGCAAUCACAGGUGAUGUGUCCCCCUCACGGUGCUACUAUAUAUUUCUGGAGCUUGAGGAUGAUACGAUCCUAUCAGAUGAAGACAAGGAAAAGAUCAUUGGUAUGCUACGAUCCCGUUUUGAAGAUUACUGCGGUAACAAGGUAACGGGGACGAUUGCCGCCCCUGUCAUCGUGCAGGUCAAGUCUGGGACACUUCACGUCAUCAAGCAGGUCAACUUUGACCUGAACCCUCAAGCUGCUUUACAGCAGUACAAGUACCCGAAGUUAACGAAGACACGAGAAUUUAUACGAAUCUUGUUGGCAAGCAGGUUGUGAAUCUAAAACUGUGCCAAGAUUCCUACUUGCAAUAAUGGACAAACCAUGGACACUUCAUAUAUUUGUCAUCCAUGAAGAAACAACAUUCUGUGACCCUUGAUGAGAAGUAGUUUGUCAACGUAAAACAGGUUUAAAGUGCUUGUUUAGUUGAGGCAUUUAUAAAUAUUUUAUUACUGCUUCCAGCUGGUGCUGUUUUCGCACACAGUGUUUAUGAAGAUUGUGUAUUAUUUACAGGCUUGGAGGAGACUUGUAAGACAGCUCUGCAGAUUAAAUUAAUCUGUGAGUUGUUUUCUAAUGCUGUUGGUUAUUUUAAGACUGCUUCAAGCUAAUCCUCACUCAUCUCCCCGAGGCAAGAGAGUUAACUGACUUUGUAAGGCCAGUUUCCACCCUUGCCGAACUAGGCUGGAAUUACUGGCCUCGAUCGUAGCGCCACCAGUGGCUAUUUCCAGUUAUGUCCCUUCUAAGCCUCUCCUAUGGACCAAUCAGAAUCCACCUCUCGUAUCACUUGCGUUUGCUUCAAACAAAAUGGUGGCGCCCAGUCAGUAAUCUUGCGCAAUAAUCAAGAAUGAUAUUGUGGUAAAACGGGUCUUACAUUGCGAAAUGCAUCAAAUCGCGUGAGCACCUUGAUUAAAAAUAUGAAAAGAGAUGGAAAAUAUCUGCUGACAACGAGUUGGCGGUGCACAUGCUUUGCAAAUCCUGCAAU